CUCGCGGAUCUGGGCGCCCCUCAGUCUCAUCACGAGUGGUCGAAUGCAGCAGGAGGGGAAAGUGGUGAGGAGAGAGUAGGCUAAAAGCAGGAAAAGAAUAUGGAGGCAGAUAUUGUAACUCUUCGAUGCAAGCUCAAAGAGGUUGAAGAAGAGCGACUAAAAGCUGCACAGUAUGGUUUACAACUACUGGAGAGCCAAAGUGAAUUGCAGAGUCAAUUGGAGAAAUGUCAUAAUGAAAUGAUGACCAUGACUGAGAAUUAUGAACAAGAAAAAUACACUCUUCAGAGAGAAGUUGAACUCAAGAGUCGAAUGUUAGAAAGUUUGAGCUGUGAAUGUGAAGCUAUUAAACAACAACAGAAAAUGCACCUGGAGAAAUUAGAAGAACAGCUAAAUAGAAGCCAUGGACAGGAAGUGUAUGAACUAAAAAAUAAGAUAGAAAAACUGAAAGUGGAAUUAGAUGAAGCUAGGCUUAAUGAAAAGCAGUUGAAGCACCAAGUAGAUCAUCAGAAGGAACUCCUGUCUUGUAAAUCAGAAGAACUGCGGAUAAUGUCUGAACGAGUGCAUGAAAGCAUGUCUUCAGAGAUGCUGGCUCUUCAAGUUGAGCUUGCUGAAAUGGAAAGUAUGAAGACCACCCUCAAAGAAGAAGUGAAUGAACUACAAUACAGACAAGAACAGCUAGAACUUCUUAUUACCAACUUAAUGCGUCAGGUAGACCGACUUAAAGAAGAAAAAGAGGAGCGAGAGAAAGAAGCAGUUUCUUACUAUAAUGCCCUAGAGAAAGCUCGUUUAGCAAAUCAAGAUCUUCAGGUGCAGUUGGACCAGGCACUCCAGCAAGCCUUGGAUCCUAGUUGUAAAGGCAACUCUUUAUUUGCAGAGGUAGAAGAUCGAAGGGCAGCAAUGGAACGUCAGCUUAUCAGUAUGAAAAUCAAGUAUCAGUCACUAAAGAAUCAAAAUGCAUUUAAUAGAGAACAGAUGCAAAGAAUGAAGUUACAAAUUGCCACAUUGCUACAGAUGAAAGGGUCUCAAACUGAAUUUGAGCAGCAGGAGCGGUUGCUAGCCAUGUUGGAGCAGAAGAAUGGUGAAAUAAAACAUCUCUUAGGUGAAAUUAGAAAUCUGGAGAAAUUCAAGAAUUUAUAUGAAAGUAUGGAAUCUAAGCCUUUGGUCAACUCUGGUGUUCUAGAAGAUAACACCUACUAUACAGAUUUACUUCAGAUAAAGCUUGAUAACUUAAACAAAGAAAAUGAAAGUACUAAAGGUGAAUUGUCAGUACAGCGAAUGAAAGCAUUAUUUGAGAGCCAGCGGGCUCUAGAUAUUGAGCGAAAACUUUUUGCAAAUGAAAGAUGCCUCCAGCUUUCAGAAAGUGAAAAUAUGAAACUGAGAGCUAAACUAGAUGAAUUAAAACUGAAGUAUGAACCUGAAGAGACACCUCAAGUGCCUGUACUCAAAAAGAGGCGUGAGGUGCUGCCUGUGGAUGUAGCCAACCGUAAAGAUGUGUGUGCCGAUAGUGCUGUCGGGGAAGAAGUUUACAGACUACUGCCUCAGAAAGAGGAGACACAGUCCUGUUCUAACAAUUUAGAAGAUAACAACUUGCAGUUAGAAAAAUCAGUUUCUGUAAACACACCAGUAGUCACCCGCUCACCUCACAAAAAUCUGUCCAUGGAUAUCCUGCCGAAGAAAGAGAAGAAAUGUGUGAAACUCAUAGGAGUUCCAUCUGACUCUGAGGCCUUAAGUGAAAGAAGUGGAAACACCCCACACUCUUCCAGGUUAGCUGCUGAAUCAAGGCUUCAAACAGAAAUUAAAGAAGGGAAAGAAACUGCAAGCAAAUUGGAAAAGGAAACUUGUAAGAAAUCACACCCUAUUCUGUACGUGUCCUCCAAAUCAACUCCAGAGACCCAAUGCCCUCAACAAUAAAGACUUUUUCUUUAAUAAGAGUAUGUACCACUUGCCCAAAAGGUUACUGUCGAGCUUAGUUAAGAUGGUCUUUAUCUGAGGUAUACCACUUCCUGGGUUAUUUAUAUCUACUCAUCAUACCAGGACCUGGUAUUUUUAUGUUCCUUUGACCAAGUGUUCAAAAUCUAGUUGUGAUUCUAACCCAAAGAGUUCCUUCCAUGAUGACCCUUCACAGAGCUUCUGUGAAUCACAGUGAAUAAACUGUUAACUGAAGGAAAAUGUUAUAAUUAAUAUAAAUCUAUUUGUUGCAUUGUAUGUGGAUUUCUAAGUGAUGUGAAACUUAAGUAACCUACCUUCAGAGCCAUAUAUUUGA